GUCUAGCUUUCCCCUUCAGGUAGGCUUAGCCUUGAGCAACAAAAAGUAACUAUCGCGUUUUUUUCUACUUACUCCAAUAUGAGGGCUCCUGUAGUCGUAGUCCGGAGACUAUCAUCAAUUUUUAGAUGUUCGUAAUCUACUCAUAAUUCCAUGUUCUUCGAGUAAGAGCUGCUGUAAGAGACGUCCGAACAACAGAGCUGCUGUAAGAGGCUAACAUUCUUCGAGUAAGAGCUGCUGUAAGUGUAACUGGCGGUACUCCGUGCUACGGGCGAACGAGCCGUCUCGUGGUGGGUACUUUUAGUGGUGGCACCACUCGUGUAGUAGUCGACUACUAACUAGUUCAUUACUGGUACUAGUUCAAUGUUGAACUACGAAAGGGGAACGAGCAGCCUAAGCAACAACUCUUCCAAGAACUUCUAGUCCAACCCCAACGACUUCUAAAAGUUGUACUGUGAUAAGCAACUCUUCAACCAGACACCCUUCCCCAAGACACCUUCUGACGUAACCGGCGCCCCCCUUCGCCCAAGAUGUUUGACCCAGGCGCAAUGCAGAUGAAAGACCUCACAACGGAUGACGUGAGCCGCAUCAACAAGGCCAUGAAAACAGAGCAAUUUGGCUCGUUGAUGCAAGAUUAUCUACAAGAAAUUUCCGAUCCGAAUAACAGAGCGGAAUAUGAUCAGUACUAUUUUUGCGGUAAACCGCGUCUGCUAGUACCAUUAAAAUUCAUAGCUGCUGCUUGUUUUAAGAGCAACAUCACUUGCUGCAGUUCCGCAUGAACCUGUCACCUACAACACCCUCCCGAGGUCGACGCGUGAAACUUUUUUCCACCAGGUACAUGGAACAACUGGAGUCCAAGGGAGAGCUUCCUGAAGGCACUGAGCUCUUGCGGUGCGAGCCAGGGUUUUGUGUGCGUACAGACGUCUGCUUCAAAAAUGGCCAGACUCAAAAAUGCUUCAUUAACGUGUGCUUUUCUCCAUUGCUACGAGACGUUGAGAUGGUGCAGGCACCGGGGGGACAUCAGGUAUCAUGUAGGAGAAGAUCUAGGAUGUAGGAGAAGAUCUAGGAUCGUUAUUUCUAAAUAUUAAAGCCUCUGGUCCUGACAGCACGCCGUAAGAAGUACAAACUUGUUCCCCUAGGAAUCCUUACUUGCAUUCCUUAAACUACGUAGGAGACUACAUUUUCUUACUCACGUCCUUCACCGCGGUUCUGUGGCAUGCCCGUUUUCACAAAAUACUCUACUUCCAGGUUUCUCUUCCCUUCGCGUUGUCUCCGCCACGUGUGGACCAAGAUAGCAAGAGCAGUACUUGCCUAACGUGCGACUUCGGUCUUUCUGAGAACAGCUUCGCACAAUGCAAGAACAACCCAGACUUCCUGCGAAUGAUCGUGGAUAUUUAUGGCAGCAUUAGCAUUUGCAUUUAUUUGUUUCAUCAUACUUUAUAGAUAUAGUAGAUUAGCAUUAGCAUUUAAAUUUGUUUCAUCAUACUUUAGUUGUAGAAAUAGGAGGUUGACAUGAUCUUCUCUUGCAACGGAGAAGCUGCAUUAUCCACAAUAAUGAAAAGGAAAUUAUCUGUUAUCAUUAUCAAGUUUCUUAAGUAGAAGAAACUGAUAUAAUGAUAAAAAUACUUUUGGCUUCAUAACAAUUUUCUACUUGAUAUCCACGACCCCUCUUCAUAUCCUCGCAACGAAAAACCUAUCAACGAAUUUCCUGAAGGGUUUUGAGGAGGUCAAGAACGAUUUCCGGGUCUUGAAGAAGACGAACUGCAAAGGAGGGAAGCCGUAUCUCAUGUCCGUGCGGGUGGAAAACUUGCGACCAGACAAGAAAAGGAAGAAAAAAAAUUAUGAUGAAAUGUUGCUGAUGGAGGUCUCUGUCUUUGUUGACGAAGUAGGGUGAGGGCUAUAAGACUCAGGAUCAUGUUGAGAGUGAGGUUUUAUUACAUAGCUUCAUCACUUCACAGGACAAUUUCAGUGAAGGCAAAUCCAAUUGACUACCCUAAAAAUAAAUCCCUUUCCCUUAUAUCUUUUUUUCCUCUUUCAUCGUCGUAAGAAGUCAGGCGCAGCAGCAGCUGGCGACGGGAUAACACCAGGAGAGCUGAAGGAGAUGAAGAAGGAUGCGACGCAGCGAAUGAAAAACAUGGUAGAAUCUUCAGACGAAGACGAAGAGGAAACAAGUAUUGACUUUUUUUUUUAGCAGAGGUGUACGUGUAGUAAGACUGUAAGUGAACACAGUUUUUGUUUUACUUCUAGAAGUGGUUCCUUGUUCUUAUAUUAUAUCAAAAACCAAUUGAAUUUUUUUACCUGCAUAGGAGGAAAAGGAAUGAAUACUGGACGACUGAUUCUAUUUCUUAUCUAUGAAGUCCUUCUCUCGUUCGGUAACCCUCUUCUACUAUCUUCUAAUAUGAGAGGACUACUUGUACUUCUUCAAAUUCAAAUCACGAAACUUUCAGCCGCCCCUAUCGAAGAUGAGAGCAAAACCAAGAAAGUGCGAGUGCCACAGCACCGGCUUGUGCAUCAAGGCCAAUUAGAGCUCAUCGAAUUUGAGAACAUCCAACCUGGGAUGUCAGAGCAAAAGGUUUAUGGAAAGAAAGUCUAGCUGUUCUUCUGGCAUGCAACCAACUAUUUCUCGACCCUAGCUUCUUCUAGAAGAAGCGAAUUGUGGAAAAACAAUUUUUAACUUCACGCGAUCUUUUCAACAUCAUAAUUCACUUUCACACACAUUUGAAUUUAGACCCAUAUCCUCAACAUGCUUAGUUAUCGGCUUUGAUAUCCCCAAUAACUGCCCUUUAUACUCCUACACGGAACUCGAACCUGAACACUCCUCGAUAUCUAUCCUCGACUUCCCUUGUUCAUACUCGUACGCCGAACAUUCCUGCAAAUUUGAAGUUAGUGGUGAAGCUGCCCGGCGUCGCUUCCGCAGCAGACAUAGAGCUGGACGUCCAGAAGGACAACGUGGUACUCGAAACACGGUUUUUUUAUCUAGAUUUACCACUGCCGUACGAAAUUUUGCCGGAUGACGGGACGUUAUGGGAUCGGGGUGUUGUUUUUUUUGUGAUAGAAGUGUGGGAUUCCAGCCAGAAUGGCUGAGGGUCAUUCUUUAAGUCGCUUGUUUACAUAUAAAAUAUCCUUGAAGUAACAGCAAUUUCAGUAUUUUUUCUUUUUACUACUUCUACAUCGUCUUGGUUGAAACGUACUCGACGUCGUACCUGCUAAUCAUUGCGAAAUUCGAUAAACCGAAGAAGGAACUGACGCUCUCGCUGCCUGUUCUGAACUCGGCCGCGAAUCUUAGAAGGGGAACCAGCGCCGAAAGCACUUGUAUGAAGAAGUCCUCAAGGAAUACGAAUAGCUGAUCUCUUCAAGUAGAAGACCAAGACGAGUUUUUUUUCGAGUUUUAGUCCUAGUCCCCCCUCGUCCGAUUCGCACACUAUAAACUAACCCGCUUUACGUUCACUACUAUCAGGGGCAUGCGCAUGACAAUGACACUCUAACCUUCCCGCUGACGACAAGGAACAAGAGCAGCAAGAAGAUGAUCUGAGUAAAUGGCUGGCGUCACGAAGUAACUAUGAAAAGUACGGGAUUGGCGCAGUAGAUGGAAAUGAUGACGUGAUAUCAGAUGCCGAUGAGGAUGGUGAGAUGGAAGAUCUACCAGCUGAUGAAGAGAAGGCAAGCGAGAAGACAACUGGCGUCGAGCAGGGAGACGAACUAUCAGAGGACGCCACGGCCAAAGAGCCUCAAGCUGAAACAGGGGGAGACGAUAAAAGUAGCGAGACAGGACACUUGGCAGAGAAGAAGGUAGUCAAGCUUCAAUUUGUUCUCUGAACGGUUUGUAAUAAAGAUACGUGUGAUUGUCUAGAUGCUCGAGUGUUAUUUAUCAUUAUCUCCGUCUCAGGCAGCUUUCUUGAGUUGUCACGUGGUUCGCAAAUGAAAGAAUGAAUGAAAAAGAUACUAAAAGAGGCAACAACUUCCUUCAUCGAAGCAGAAAAUCCAAAAACAAGGUGAAGUAGAAACAACAAAUACAAGGUAAUGUAGCAAACCGUUGUUAUCUGAAAAAUUAUCAAAUAUUACUAAAACCGAAUCGCCAGGUAGAACAACCAUGUGCACAAGAUGACGCGCCUAAAGAGGAGGAAGAGGUGACAUACGUUAGUCCAAGGAAUAAGCCUCUGGCGGAGGCAUGGGAUGAUCGAGGAAAACCUUUCAUACCAGCAGCUAGUUGGAUAGGUACUUAUUUUGUGUUAACAAAUUGUUGGAAUGAAACGAUAGUCUGAAGACACGAAGAUAGUGUGACACGAUACCGUGAACAAACGAUCAUGAAGGUGACAGGUUUGCUCAUCUCUGCUCCUCUUCUUCUUGGUCUCACAUAUAGCUACAACAACUAGGAUUUUUUAUCAGAGAUCACCUCGUGCUCGUACUCGUACUCUUCUCCUCUCUUUGUUCUACUGUAGGUCCUCGUCCAGGCUAUUACUUCGGAACCAGCGCUAGGGGUACUGGGUAUCAUAAAGAUCCACAUCAGUGCAGUUCAUCGAGUGCAACGAGUGGGCGAUCAUCCUCUUCUUCGGAUCAGCAAGAGCAUAUAAAGGAAAAUACUACUGGUUCGACGAGCCCAAGUAGUAAGAGAUCGAAGACAAACCCGAAGCCGAAGGAGCCUUUGAUUCAAGAGGUCGAAAACCAAGACUCGCCAGGACGCACUCCUUCAUCAUCAUCCUCGGUGUGGGUGAGUUAUGAAUGGAGGGCAUUGAAAUAACUCUAGAAUCUAGAUAUGGAUUAGGGCUAAGCUAGAUGAUGUUGAUGAUAGAUAGGAAAAAUACAGGAAUGGCUUUUUGUGUAACACUUUCUAGUCACUUACUUUGAGCUAGGAGUCGAGCUAGCAGUUCGCGGGGGUCAAUGUGCAGGAUCCACAACCUAACCGAGCCUUACUUUCAUGAUUAGCAUUAGUAGAAGGCGUCUCUUACUCUUUCAUCAAACUUCUAUAAAGAGAGACCAAGUAGUUGCAGUAGUACUACCUCCACUUUCAUACUCAAAACGACGCGUCCUCGACCAUCAAACACGGGAACGACAUCAAGCCAGCGGAAGCUCUACCAGGAGAUUUUCUCUUCCAUCCUGUUGAGGAUAGAGGCUCAGCUUUUUUCAAUAAGCAGAAGAACGUUAUACAAGUACCAGUGCAAGACGUUGAGAAAGAUUUUAGUGUUACGGUGAAAGUCGUUUUAUUGUUUCUGUGCAGCAUGAUUACCAGAAGUUGUAGAGUCGUUGUUGUGGAUCAAUCCUUUCAUCAAGAGUUGAAAGACAGCGUAAAGAUCAGCAUUCAAUGGUCACUGACUCUGAACGGAAGAGACCCCCUCCAAAGCGCUCCCCUUUCCCUUCGUCUAUUUCUCCUGUUGGUUCUCUCAACUAGGGGUCGCCUCUUCGAUCUCAGUGACCAACCCCAAUGACCAUUGAAGCUUGAGCCUCGGAGUAGCUGUAGUUUCUUUUCGUUGCUAUUUUUCGAUCACUUUAUUCCUGCAAUACGGUAUUAAUUAACCAUUGUUGCUCUUGGAGUCCUCUUGCUUCCCUGUUGCUGUUGCUCUUGAAUACCCGCCUGUUUCUCUCUCUCUCCCCCCUCCCCUUCCCUCUCUCUUUUUCAUUUCCUACGCCAGUAAAGACGGGUUUUUCGAAUUCGAGACGUCGUCGCAUAUAUGCAUUUUAUUACCUCCUUGGCCUGGCGCAACUGUACAGAGUAGUAGUAAAACGCGUAACAGUGCUAGCAAAGUCCAUUUGUUGAUGUCGGGACCGCCUGGAAGUGCGGAAGGAGGGAAGGAUGAGAAUGAGGAGGUACUAUUUUUGAUGUAAGUAUAUUGUCGCUUAGUAAAUUUUUUUCGUUUUCGCUAUCGCUACUACAGAUGAACCUACUUUUCUCCUUCUUAGUAUGUCAAUGUUUUAGUUUUGUCCGCACAUCCCACUUGUCUCCACUAAUUCUUCUAAUAGAAGCACUUUUUUAUAUUUUUUCUCUUCACCACCAACACCAUCUUCAUCUGUGAAGCAACAAGAACCACAAGCAUCCGUUGAACAUAGUACUAGUUUCGUCACAACGAUCACCAGGAAUCACCACAGCAGCACAUGGCUUUCCACCUGAUGGUCACUGGAGGAAAAGGCUUGCUCAGAGUACCUCAACGAUGGACUUACUAUGCAACUCCUGAGGCCACAGUUUUCCUCAUCGAAAAAGCUGCAGAGACGAAAGAUGGAGACUUGGGCACUCUCCUUUCAGGUUCAGGUGGGUCAUCAACUACAGGAACUCCCAGAAUAUUUCAAGUGGAGACUGCAGCAGGUGAAGGAGACGCCGCUGUUGGCGGCGCCGCCGGCGGGUCAACUAUUUUUAUGUUCUUGUAGAAGAUACUUGAUGUUGAAAUUUGGUAGCUUUUUGAAAAUUCUGCUGCAAGAUGCCAUUGAAAGUAGAACUUUGUUGUACUGCAGUAGAAGCCUUCAUGUUUGUUACAAAGCUAGUUGUACAUCAAAAACAACAGAUGUCUUGGUCUUGGAACAAUAUGAUGAUUCAGCUAAAUAAGAUAUUAUAGCUUUUCUAAUCAUGUAGAGGACACCGGUCGCGGCAUCGAUUUUCGGAGUUUUGUACCCAUACCUUUGUCUGAACGCGACAAGCUGGUGCGAAAGCAAAACGAAAAUUUAUGAAGACAGGCACAAGUUUUUUCUAUUUCAGUAGUUCUUGAUAAGGGAACAGGCCAACGCCUAAAAAAACUACUAAACCAACUGCGCAGCUGGCUUCGUGGUUGAGGCGUUGGCCUGUUCACUUAUCAGCUCUGACGGACUACAACAAUUAGGAACUACGCACUAGACUUAGUUGCUUACUGCUGGCAAAGAUGUAGUUAAUAUAGUGAUUCUGCUUGUUCUUCAUAUUCUGAUUCUCCUUGCAUCAACAUCAUAUUAGUACUAUAGUCAUGAUGUCUGCUCGUGAUGUCUUCUCACAGGUUCUUGUUCUUGUUGUUGUCACAUCAACAACCUAGUAAUAUCAUGUCUGCUGUUGAUGUCUUCUCAGAGGUUCUUGUUAUUGUAUAGUCACUGUUAUACUCACCUUCAUUGAUCCAUUUCAACCAUCUCUUGCUCAUCGACUUCUAAGAGCUGCAGCAUCAUCAAGGUCCAAACAAGAACGAUUAUUACAGGGAGACGAAGAGGAGAUGGAAGACCCAGACGAGGAUGGUAAGGGCAAAGGCCUCGAUGAGAAUGCUAAGGCUAAGAAUAAUACCAUGACCUUCCCUGGAUCUUCUUUUUCUAGACUUGAAAAAGAAGCCACAAGAACAGCUUCCAAGGAUACUAUUACGAUUCUCUCAAAGAGAAAGAUGGUGCGAACGCGGUACUAUAUUAUCUCUAAGGUGAAUGGGCGCCAUCAAAAUGAAGAGGGAGCAGACACAACAGGAGGAGGGGGUGACCCUUUAAUGCACGUACGUGCUGAUGACGAUGCGGCGAUGGCACAUGCCGUUUUGCUCCGGACCAGGCUCUUUUUAGAUCUCAUGUGAGUGUGAGGAUUCAUCACCUUUUCUCUAGAACCGAUGCCAAGAAUGCCGUGAUCAUCGAUAUCAGAGAUUUUUUAGAUCGAAGAACUUCUGGAGAUAUCAUGGAAUCAUCGAUUUGGUAGUUUUAGAUCUUGUUGACGUUCCCAGUUCGUUGCAUUUUACGUGUACUAUUUUUGAUGCACGACCAGACUACUCCGGCGGCUAUCAGUAUCAUCCCUCCGGCCGAUGCCUCCCAGGGAUAGCAGACAAGUCAAAAGUAAUCCUUGAUCGUCCAUUCGUGCUCUUAGCACAAAAUAAUCCUCUAUCGUGCUUGUUACUGGAGGAGGAAAGCUUCCUCCGAAUCACGAAUCGCAAUCUAGUAGUUUCUUCACUUUCACACUCAAUCAACAUUAAGCUAUUAUGUAAAUUUUGACAUCUUCGACUAAUACUGCAACAAUUCCAAAAGCUAGCUCGUUGAUUUCCAACUCUUUGAAUUAAUUAGUUUUUGUCCGUAGAAAUAGAUUGUUGCUGGUUGAUCAAAAAGAUGAUUGAUAUUCUUAGGUAGGUCCAUUUCAGGUGCUGUAGGAUGUAAUUGCUCUGUUAGACUCAACUUCUCUUCAAUGCAUUCAUACCGCCAUGAUGAGACACAUGAUAAGAGCAAAGCACUAGCUUCAUACUAUGAGCGAUGGAAAUAUAAACAAAAAAUCUCUGAUGAAGAAUUUACUCUGAAGCGGUUAAUGCAUGCGAGAAACGAGAUAAUAAUCAAUGAUGCGCCAUGCCUAUGGCGCAAGCUUGUUAUCUGCCUGUAGAGGAUUGCCCGCCAACUCCAUGGCGGCCACGAGCUGCGAAGUCUAGAACGCACAGCAUCAGCCUCAAGAGUGUGAACAAAGAGGCUUUUUUUUAGGUCAGCCCCCAUUUCUCAGCCCUCCUUUUUUCUGGCCUUUAAGAAUAGGAAGCGUCUACGCGGACGAUUCAGUACGGCGACUCGAUAGGUUCCUUUCUCGUCAGUCACGUGAAAUGGCUUUCGAUACGAUCUUAGGCCGCCUGCGCAAGAACUAGAACCGUGAUGGUAUUGGUAUCUAU